GGCGCCGUAGCUCACUGGUUGCCUGGACAUGGUAUAAACAGAGACGGUUACAAUUCUUUGGUCAAGACUCAACAACUUUGGAAGUCAGACGGCCUUCUCGUUAACUUUGCCCAAGUAAUACAGGCCUUGGGAGAAACAUGGAGACCUCGACUCUUCCAUCAAUAGGCCCAAAGGACGAUUCUCGGUUGACCCUUCAAGUGGAGAACAAAAUGAAAAACAUUUUUGUCACACAAUUACAAGGGACACGAGAGCAGAAGGAUGGUGAUACUAAUUUGAUCCCUGUUAUAACAGAGUCCAAAAGUAGGAUUUUGGAGACAGGAGUAAACACCAUGCAGCGAACCCUUGUAUUAAAGAAACAAGUUGAACUGGAUAAGCUGGACAGUAAGUUUGCACACAAACAACAAGAGUUUCAAGUUAGAAUGGAGGCCCAGGAACACAAAAGAGCUGAUCUGCAGCAUAAACAGCAACAGAUCAAAGAUAAGGUAGCGAAGUUUGAGAGGUUUGUGGAGGAGAAUGAGCUUAAACACAGACGAGCUCUGAAAAAGUUCCAGUUAGAGAGAAGGCUGAAUAAUCUGAAGCAAAAAGAACUCAUGACACUCAUGGAAGAGCUAGAAAUGCUGCAGACCAGACAUGAGUAUCUCAAAGGCCUGGUGUCAAAACACAAGAUGUUUGAAGAUUACAUAAUGAAGAUUUUGGAUGUACUUCCAGAAAGUUAUUCUGGGAAUGCAGCAGACUCUCCGGUCAUGUCCAUCCUUAGGCGACAUGAGACACUGUCCAUCACACACCAAGACCUAGUUGGACAACUGGGUUCUCUUGUAGAGGAGCUGGAAUUGGGCCAGAGGAACCUUGAAAUUCUGAAGCAGGAGCACAACACAAAUAAACUAAUGAUCAACAAAGCAUUAUCAGAACUGCAGACAAAUUGGGAUAGAGUCACAGAGAGGACCAAACUACUUGAGAUGACCACACAAAUGCAUCAAGGCCAAUCACGGGACCAGGUGGAGGAAGUGGGAAGCCUUUUGAUUGCUGUCAGGAAUCUUGGAGAACAGUGCUAUCUACCACACUAUGGUCUUCUUGAGGAAAUAGAUGUGCUAGAUAUGAUAGAUAUGAUAAAGAAACACUUACUGGGAAUAGCAGAUAUGGAAGAAAGAGCCACACUCCUUGUAGAAUCAGAUUCAGAGGUAAUUAGUAGCUUUGCAGUUGUCACAGAGAAAGGAUCACAAAGAAUUAAGAAAAAUUAAUUUCAGCAAAACAGUGAUGACUGCCAAGCACAUUCAUAAUGCUGAAGUGACAUUUUAAUGAAGCAUGGCACAAUUUCAGGAUAUUGGAGAUGUGUGUCUUUCCAAUACUCUUAUUUCAAUAUAUGGGUCAUUUCAAAAUUGGGGUAAGCAUUAGGCCAAAUUUCCAUCAAGCAUGAAUUUAGAAUGACAGCUGUGGUUGAACUUGUGUAGCAGUUGCAAUACCUUAUGU